CGUCGCCCCCGCUGCCGCUCACAUCGUCGUCCACAUACACUUCGUAAUCGCUAUCGCUCACAAUGAACACACCUAAAACGCCAACUAAGCACUCAGUUUUGGGUAAGCGAUCCCAUCGGACACAGUCGGACGACGCACCGUCGUCGCCAGCGUCGUCUUCCGAUUGCUGUCAAUCGUCAUCAUCGUCGGACACUGGCUUCACCGCAGCCUCAUCUCCAGACCCAAUUCCAUCUCCAAAGCGUCUGAGGUCAAACUCCUCUAUCGUUGAUGAUGGAAACAACAAGGAAAAUAUACCACCGUUCAAGGGUGAGGUAAUCAACGACUCGCCCAGGUCUAUCCGAUCUCUUCGUCGUACUGCAACAGAACACCAAUCCCCUUCACGCCCUCGUAGUACUCCGCGCCGUCACGCAUCCAUGUCCCACGUUCCUGUGACGCCGACAACGCCCGCGACCGCUAUCUCCCGACUCAACGUUGACACCCCUCCCCCUACUCCUUCAGGCCUUUGCCUUCCUAUUCAUGCACGCGCCCGUGCUCUCCUUCGCGCUACGUGCAACAGUACCGCUAGCAUUGCUGGUCGGGAAUCAGAGCGGGACCUGAUCACGUCAUUCGUCGACUCCUUCCUCGUCACGAAACUCAACGAAGACGUUCUCGCCAACCCCGUUCUUUAUAUUUCAGGCUCCCCUGGGUGUGGCAAGACUGCUCUCGUGAACGCCAUCCUCACCGGUCUUGAGGUUGAAAUGUUUGAGAACCAGGUCAAUGUCGCUAUGGUCAACUGUAUGGCCAUGAACAGCCUCGACGGCGUCUGGGAUAGAUUGUUUGAAGAGCUUGGUGGCAAUCGUGGCAAGGGCAAGAAGGGGAAGAGCUGUGACCUUGUUGAUGGGUUGCUGAAACGUCUCCAGUCUAAAUGCAUCCUUGUGCUCGACGAGAUGGACCAUGUCGCAAAGACGUCGCAAUCCCUGACCGCGUUGUUCUCUCUCGCUCAGAAACACGCAUCAAAACUUCGCAUCGUCGGUAUCGCAAACACUCAUACCCUGACUUCUGCUUCGAACAUCUCCCUCCAAGGAGCCUCUGGUGUCAAGACUGUUCACUUCGCUCCGUACGAGCCAUCCCAACUUCUUGACAUCCUUCACGCUCGGCUUGCUCCCCUCACCGCCGAAGACUCUAACGUCACCCAGGAGAUCCUGCGGAAGUUCCUUCCUAUUCCUACCAUCACCCUCCUGUCAAAAAAGAUCGCUGCCCAGACUGGUGAUGUUCGUGCCGUCUUUGAAGUCCUGAGGAGAGCGAUCGAUGUCGCUAUAGGCCAGUCUACGACCAUCAACUUCAGCGAAGAUAUCCCUCCCACCGUCACACCUGCACACAUUCUCACUGCCCUUCAAGCUUACGCUCCAGCUUCGAAGGUCACCGCAGCUCCUGCUCCACGUCCCUCGUUGUUCUCUGGCUCUGCCCAGAACGUACCGACGAAGCCCAAAGCAGCUGGCAGUGCGACUGUCACACAAGUCCGCAACCUCGGCAUCCAAGCCCAACUUGUUCUGUUAGCUCUGCUGGUCGCACAUAAACGUCUCCAAGCUGGCCUCUCCCCAUCGUCUUCUACGAUGUCUGCCUCGUCAGUCGCGCCCCGUAGCCCAACUAAACUGAAGCGAAGCGCAUCCACGUCUGCCUCCCUCUUUUCACCGGCCAACACAGCCUCCAAUCUUUCGAUCGAUGUCUCUCACCUCCACGCCCUUUAUACUACCAUCCUCACCCGCGACGAUGCCAGUAACUUCACCCCCGUCUCGCGGUCCGAGUUUUCCGACCUCGCGGGUAUGCUCGAGACCCAUGGCCUCGUGAACCUUGUCUCGGCCGCAUCGAUUCCUGGCUCACCGACGAAGAGCAAGGCUAGGAAGUUGUCUCGGUCGAGUUCGUUUGGAGGUGCGAAGGCGCUAGGGGGACAACAAGAUGUGAAAUUGGCGGAAUGUGUCAGGAUGGACGAGGUCUUGAAGGGUCUAGGCAUCGAAGUCAACGAUGUGGAUAAGACGAAGGGCGACACGGGUAGUGAUAUCUCCGAGGAGGAGAUGAGGGAAAUCUGGCAGACCGAGAUGCAGAAGGUGAAGAAAGAGGAGAAGGUUGCCACUAUGAAGAGCCGAGGUGCGGUGAAGAACGGCUUCGAGGGCGCCAUGGAAUCGUGAACGUCUCUUCGGGCUUGGCUCUAGCGUUCGAGCUUUGUCUUAUGACUGCCUGUCUACUGCUUCUCGGGACUGAGGCCUGAGGACUCCAGAGCUACCUGGACGGAAUCUAGUGCAAUGUCUCUGCUUCCGCAUUGUCUUCGUCGACUGUUCCCUGACUGUGGACUGCAGAUUUAUUCCCUUUUAUCUUUUCCUCCCAUUUCUAUCUCCGAUCUUCGUCACUGUUCGUCCCGAAUCAUCUCGAUAUGUGCAUCACCAUAGGUUUCUAUGCGUGCUGGACGUAUCAAUUAUGGCCAUCCCCCGUCUCUCUUCGUUCCUCUCACUCUGACAUCUCUGGAUGCACGUAUCUCGCUGUGCCCUAGUAGUUUUUUCCACGCACACCAUCGUCGUCGUCGCUAUCAAUAUCCGCGUUCGCCUCUUUCUUCUUCCUUGUUGCUUUAUUUUUCUUUUAUAUCGUUGUGUUACCUCAUUCCCAUUUUCAUCCUUCCACUUCCCUCCACGAGGCGGGGCUCCGGCCUCCCGAAUACCUCUUCACCUCCUUCCAUACUUCGCGUCCUCCGUCCUGCUACCUUCACCCUCCCUCUUUGUUCUUCAUCAUUCCUGUUCAUACGUUGUUUUCCCGAAAGGUCUCUUCGUCUGAGUUCGUAGUCGUUCGUCGUUCAGAAGUUCACGUCGUCACAGUUGUCGUUGUCGUUGUCCCUUGUACAAUUGCAGAGUGGCUCGCCACACUAACACUCCAUAGUUUCUGAUAACUUUGGUGAUACAGUGGUCGAGUUCUCAUUUCUGCUCAGGAUCUGGUCUGAUCAAUGUAAACAAA